AUGGAAAGCGUUUUCAUCACCAUUCAUGAUCUUUCCGAGGAUGCUCAGAUUCGAUAUUGCUCCGAUUCAAUCGAGGACAUUCUCGGCUAUGUACCUCAUGAGGUACUGGGAAGGUCUUGUUGGGACUAUUUCCAUCCCGAUGAGAUACCAUUCGCUCGCCAGGUCCACGGACGGAGUGUCAGUCUUGACAAGGCUUCGGUCUUGAAUUACUGUCGGGUGAAGCAUAAAGACGGCUCAUGGAUUGGUUGCGAAUGCGUCUUCACAGUGGUUUACGACGUACUGGUUGCAAGUACCAGUGUUUACCGUAUUGGAGAGAAGGCCAAGCAACGCGAACGCGCAAGUGAUGCUGUAAAGCGCAUAUUUUCUUCCUCGCCCCGUGAUCCUAGGUAUCACAUGUUGACAUAUCUCUCGAACAAAUUCUCACAAAAUCCUUAUGGAGAUGCAAACUUCUUAGAACCUCGAGCAGCUCUCUUCCUGAAUCGGUUCACGCGCACUUCGACGGUCAUGUACGCAACCAAUGGGGUAUCUGACAUCUUAGGAUUGCAACCAAAUCAGCUCGCUGGAAAGAGCUUUUAUUAUUGUAUUGCAGAGAAUUGCCUGCCGGAUGCUGUCAAAACACUUGAAAGCGCCAAAGCUAACGACUCCAUCGCUUAUCUCAGAUUCUGGUAUCGAAAUCCUACUCAAGACGCCAGUAGAGCUCAUUCUGAGGCGUUUUCUGAUGAUGAGAGUGAUGAGGACGAUGAAGGCGGUGUUCCCCUAAGGAAUGGGACCCAAUCUGGAUCGACCAUGUCAACAAAUGGGUCAACGCCUCACGCGAAUCCGGAGCAGCCACCUCUUGCUACGAGUGGCCAACAACAAGGGGUGGAUGCAGUCGCAACCUCCCAUGUCGGUAUCACAAAUGUCAAUUCCGCCGCAGCUCCACCACAGCUUUUACCAGAGAACUCAAACACCAGCUCGCUGCAGGCUCCGUCGGCUUCAACUCAUAGAACAUCCUCCGGAAAUAGUACUGACUUGGGAGUGAAUGCUUCUGAUGCGAUCUUUGACCGAGCGACUUCACGUGAUUCCUCUGCAAGCGAACAACCUCAAGAGGAACGCAUUGAAAUCGAAGCGGUGGUCUCAUGUACGUCCGACGGCCUUGUAGUGAUUCUACGGCGUGCUCAUCCAAUCACAUCUCCACCUCUUGGUGUCACAGAUGCCGUUCACUAUCCAGAUGGUCUCUUUGCCUCCCCGUGGGCUCCAGAACCAGUCAUGCCAGAGUCAAUUCGUCGCAACUCAAAUACAGCGUCGUCCUCAUAUCCGUCAGCACCAAUUCCAGACGACACCGGACUCAUGGCAGCCAUCAGGGAUGUGGCUGUAUUCGCUUGGAAUCUUACAGGUAUCAAUGGAUCAUUGGCAGAUUAUGGUGUGGGCAAACCUUCUGGUGACGCAUUGCCUCCUGGCGGUCUUCCCAUCUGGGAUCCGAACAGCAAUGCAGAUCCAUAUGAUCUCUACAAUGGUUUCUCAGGCAGCCGUCAUCGGCCAUUUGAAGGAAUGGGUGAACCCUACCGACUUCCUAGGAAUGACACAGAGUUGAGCAGUAGUGACGACGAAGUGCUCUUUAAACGAUCCCCAAUUCAGCCACCUUGGAAGCGACCCAAGAGAAGGGGCCAUGGGGAUGCUUUUGGAGCAGAUGAUCGCGAGGCUGGAGAUGGUGAGAACAAAGACGGAGGUCGAAAGAGAGCUACGAGAUCUCAGAGCGGUUCUGGCAUGGCCUCAGGUUCGGGAUCAGGAUAUGCAUCCCAAUCCGGGGUAGGCUCAUUGUCAGGGCCUGCGUCGGCGAAUGGGUCCUCUUGA